GUUACCCCUUGGUACUAGUUUCAUUCGAACGAUCAUGCGGUUUACACGUUUUAUCCUAUAUUUUCGCGAGAAUGUACGUAUGUGAUGUAAUAAAUUGUAAUCGGGCUCACGAUCGCAAGUUUCUUUAUGCGCUGGCGUGAAUUGUUUUGCCGAAAGUGAAGGAUCUAAAGGUCCCGUUCGAUGUAUUGCCUUUGGAAACGUUCAGAGGUGUGUUGUGACUUUUAAAUGGGAAUUUCGCUUGAACACCAAUUGCUUUUAGCACGCUUUCGAUGCAUAUGCGAUGAAAAAUGGUGAAAAUGAAGGCAGAAUCGAUCGAUACUGAGAAACCAACGAGUCGUGGUGUAUCAAUUAUGAAGGAGAACGUGAUGCACGAUGAUGAUUAUGGUGUUGAAGCAGAAUUGACAAGUCUUUCAUGGCUGCAAUCCCUCGAUAUUACAAGUGCUUCUAGUCUGCCUACACCACCUUGUUCUCCAUCUCCACCCCCCAUAACGCGACAGCCAAGAAAAAAGCUCUCACCCCUGAUCAAGGCCGAAUUAGAUCUAGCAGCGAAUGCUGAGAAGUAUCGAACUGACCCAGACGCAAAACCGCCAUUUUCGUAUGCCACGAUCAUUUGCCUGGCAAUGCGUGCGAAUAAUAACAAAGUGUCACUUUCGAACAUAUAUGCGUGGAUUCGAGAGAACUUCUUAUUUUAUAAAUACGCUGACCCAGCCUGGCAGAACUCGAUCCGACACAAUCUAUCGUUGAACAAAUGUUUCGUGAAGUUGCCACGUUCGAAGGACGAGCCAGGGAAAGGCGGUUUCUGGAAAUUGGACUUGGAAAGAAUGGAAGAGGGUAGAAAAUCGAAGCGACGCGCGACCAUGUCGCAACGAAUUCGUGGAUCAAAGAAGUUAACGUCGGCGAAGGCAUUGGUAACGAACAAUGUUCAAAGCAGUGGUACCCCAUCGAUCAAUUGUCCAUCAACGUUGUACGAGACACCGCCCAGUAGCGUGUCUCCUCCAAUUCCAGACUGUCUCUCAGAGAUUCCUGAUUCUACCCAAGUUAGUUUAAGCGAAGACGAUCUCACUGGUUUGCUAAUUGCUACCGCGGGCUGGGAUGAGAAUCAGUUGGAUCUUUUAGAUUCUCUUCUCGAUACUCUUUAAAAGAUUGACCGGUUAAACCUUUUUGUACACACAAAGAACUCGAAAAUUAUAUAUAUGUAUUUAACUCUCUCUCUCUCUCCCUCUCUCUCUCUCUCUCUCUCUCUCUCUCUCUCUCUCUCUCUUUCUCGACUUCUCAUUAUCCGAGAACUUAUACAUUUACGAUAUCUUUUUUUCAUGGAUACGAGCAAGUGGUUUCAGUUUUGUAUGUUAGGAGUAUUUUCAAUUUGAAAGUUAAUUUAACUAAUUGUGAGAAAAGUUCACUGUAUUGGUAGAGGAAAAUUCACUAUUUGAGAUAGCCUUCGUAAAUCGAGUAACGUUGAUAGAAUUUGAGAACAAUUUCAGCAUUGUAACUGACAUAAAAUCUAGUAAAAUGAUCUGACUGGUCACUACGUGGCUGGUUGUAAAGGGAUAUUUUCAGUGUAGUAAUAGAGUCAAUGGUCCAAUCUAGACAAUUAAUUUCUCUCUAUUAAAUUGGACCAUAUCUAUUUUUCAUUAAUUUAGAUAAGAAUUUUUAUUCAAAACAUACAUGCUGUAAAAACUAAAGGAUAACUCUAAGAAGCAUUUUACAGCAUACUAAGAAAAUCUGAAUAUAUUUAGGUAUUUGGCAAAGUAAUCAGUCGCUGUCAGACUGAAAAAUUCUAAACAGCAUGCUGUUUAUUGUCUUCUUAAUAAUUUGAGAUUUCACCUCAAAAAAAAAAUAGCCUCAGUAAACAAAAAACAGUGCAACUUUUUACGCCAGAUAAAAAUUUCAAUUGGAAUUAAUUAAUUCAAAUAAUAAUAUCAUUAUUUAUUCGCAGCAAUAAUUAUCGUUGUUAUUAAUAUUGAAAUAUUUGUAUUUUAAUACGGAAGACAUGAUUUGCGCUUAUUACUUGACUGAAUACAUUAGACAGUUUAACGAUAAAAUUGAUACCUAAUAAUACUGUGUACGAGAAAUAAUUAUAUAAAUAUUUGUAACACAGGAAUUUGCAGUGUGCCUUCGAAUAAAGAAUACAUAUUUAUGAUAUCAUACAUUUGCCAAGUUGAAUAAUUCGUGUAGAGUAUGUUUCGUAUUCUUGCUUUUAAAAUAACGAAAUACUAAGUGCCUUAUAAAUACAUAAAUAUCGCCAGCAAAACAAAUUAUACUCUCAAUUCUUCACUUCAAUUUCAAUGCAAUUUCUGUUGGAGUGUUAUUCUGCAAAAAUUGAAAUAUAACGCAGACAAUUCGUCAACACACUGAUCGUAAUUCGCUUACGUACGUAUUAACGUUUCGAAACAAUAAAAUAAACAGUGAAAUAAAAGAAAUCUCGCGUGGAUCAUAAAAAAAUUGUCUGCAAUUUGUAAUACUUUUCUGUAAUGUCAUAAUUCUGCAAGAUUUAUAUUUAGAUAGGUAUACAUACCUACACUCUCGUCCAUAAAUCACUGGAUCAAAAUGAGAUAUUUGUGGUCGAGAGUAUAUGCAAGUAUAUCUCCUCUUAUGAAAACUUAAUAGAGUUUUUUUAUAUUAAAAUCCCUGAUAUUAGCACUGAAAUAUCAUAAUCUCUCAAUUAAGUUAACGAAUCGAUAUUUUCUAGAAAUUAUUUCUCUAGAGUUGCAUAUUGAACGGCGAUUACUAUUUAUUAAUCAGAACGAGUAGCGAUUGAGUAGAGAACAAAGAACGAUCAAUUGAUUGUCAUUGUUGUUAUUACAUAUUUCUAUAAAUUUGAAUGAAAAAUUCAUUUCCGUCCAAAUAUUGUUUAUGAUAUUUUGUAAAAUAAAAUAUUUUUAUGCGCACUGUACAUCCUCCUAUUUUUCAUAUACUUUCGUCAACGUUUCUUUUUAUUCUCACUUAAUUAAUAAACAAAAAAAAAGAAAAAAUAAAAAACGAAAAAAAAAGGAAAAAGAUAUGUAUUACCAAUAGGCGUAUUAUUUAGUAACUAUAAAGGUGUGCACAUGAUUUAAUAACUUAUGCACUAAAGUGAUCGUAACUUCUAAGAAUCACUUUGUAUUGAAUUGUAAGUGAAAUGUAGGAAUACACCAUAAAACAGUAUAAAUACUUUGCAUAUGAAUGUUUUACCAAAACGAAAAUAAUUAUUGACUAAAUAUAAAGAGCGAAACUUCCAUUGUAGUUUAUAUUGUGGAUUUUAACAUAUUUUAAUGAUAUUAUUUGUAAAUAAAUCUUUUUCCUUCUCUUAAGUUCGCAUCUACGAUGAAAUAUUUAUUUAAAACAAACGAUGUAAAACCUUUAUCAUAGUGGGUCACUUUGUUUCUCUCGUAAACUCAAAUAUUUGAAAUUUAAUUACACUUUAAGUUU